CCCCCAGUCGGUCCUGAACAGAGACUUCAGUGUCACUGAGCUGCAGAGGAGACAGUUUGAGAGAGUGCCGGGAGCUGCACAAAGGGUGCCGAGAACUUCAUAGGAGGACACAAUCUGAAAAAGCGUUGGAAACUGGACAAAGAGUGCAAGAGGAGGCAGUCAGAGAGUGCUGGGAACGACACAAAGAGACAGGCAAAAGUGUCACAACUUGACAGCUGGGAACAAAGGGACAGAAAGCGUAUGACUGCCAGGAGACUACAUAAGCGCUAGAGUGCCGGGACACCACAGUGCUAGAGUGCCGGGACACCACAGUGCUAGAGUGCCGGGACACCACAGUGCUAGAGUGCCGGGACACCACAGUGCUAGAGUGCCGGGACACCACAGUGCUAGAGUGCAACGGGGUAGUCCAGCAGUAGAGUGCACAGGGACACCACAGUGCUUAGAGUGCACCGUGAUACUUCAGCAGCAGAGUGCUCCGGGACACCACAGCUGUAGAGUGCUCCGGAACACCAGAGAAGUAAAGUGCCGGCAGGCUUGUUAAGUAGGAUGCACGGGGAUGGGGCUUAGAAUGUGGUGAGAACGUUGAGCGGAUAGCAGGGGGUUUGGAGCUAUUGUGAUUCCGCAGGUGAGGAGGCACUGGGGGUAUCUAGGGGUGAUGGGGUAUGAUGGGCAGCCAACUGCGUGAACUCUAUAGAGUCCGUGGAUCUCAGUUGAACCCAUCCUGUAGUCUAUCUGUAUCUUGGGUGAUCCACUCGAGAGAUUUCUCCUAGAGGGUAGAGGAGGAGCAUCUUUGAGAAUCCAUUUAAGCCACGGGGUGAAAGAAGCCACCCAGGCAGUGACAGUGCCCUCACCUCUGGGAAUGGGGUCAGUGACCCUGCUGUGGGGUCUGUGCUCUGUGUUGUGUUGUGUCCACUGCUUGGUGCCACUGGCAGAUUUCUAUCCCUUUGGCCCCAGGGUGGGCGAUUUGAUCACCAGAAGACAAGACGAUGGUGGAUCUGGACUUCUAUCCAUCUCCAGAGCCUUCACUUUCUUUGGCGACAAGCAUGGUGGCCUCUAUGUGAAUAAUAAUGGAGUGGUGUCUUUCCUUCGAGAAGUAUCUCAGUUUACUCCAGUGGCUUUCCCCAUCUCUGGUGACCGUCGGGUAGUAGCUGCAUUUUGGGCUGAUGUAGAUAAUCGUAGAGGAGGGGAUGUGUUUUACCGUGAGACAGAAGAUCCCAGAAUAUUGAGUCUUGCCACCUGGGAUGUGCGUACUUAUUUUCCAGAACUCUCUGACUUCAGUGCCACAUGGGUCUUUAUUGCUACUUGGCACCGUGUCACCUUCUAUGGUGGGGAUUCUAAUUCACCAGUCAAUACGUUCCAGAUUGUGUUGAUCACAGAUGGACUUCGCUCCUUUACCAUCUUCAACUACGAGACCAUAGAAUGGACUACAGGCCGGCAUGCUAGCAGUGGUGGGGAUAGUUCCGGUAGAGGGGGCAUUGCUGCCCAGGCAGGCUUUAACGCAGGAGAUGGUUGGAGGUACUUUAAUAUACCAGGCUCUCGGACUGAUGACAUUGCAGGAAUUGCAAACACUACCAACGUGGGUAUCCCAGGACGAUGGGUAUUCCGUAUAGACAACAACCACGUGCAGGUCGGCGAGUGCAGAAACGCAACUUCCGUUUGCUGGACCCUUCGCCCUUGUCGCAACGGUGGCCGCUGUAUAGAUGAUUGUGUGACUGGGAAUCCAUCUUAUACUUGUUCGUGCCUCAGUGGCUUCACGGGAAAGCAUUGCCACAUUGACAUGGGGAGAUGCUUCUCUCAGCCGUGUCAGAAUGGAGGUUCCUGUGUGGACACACCUGGUUCGUUCACUUGUACGUGCCCCCCAGAUUUUACUGGAUCCCUGUGUGAGACAGAGGUAUCGCCCUGCACUGAUAGGACCUGUCUGAAUGGAGGCGAAUGCCAAGUCCAGGGCCGGAAUGCAGUGUGCGCGUGUCGACCACAAUACACGGGGGACAGCUGUGAGACAGAAAUCAGACCUUGCUCUUCAGCUCCUUGUUUGAAUGGCGGUACUUGUGAAGAGCUGGGGUCCAGUUACAGAUGUGAUUGUGCGCAAGGAUUCACUGGAGAAAACUGUGAUACAGAAGUCAGACCAUGCUAUUCAUCUCCAUGUCAGAAUGGGGGAACGUGUAAUGAUGCGGUUGCCUCUUAUACAUGUGUCUGCCAGCAGGGAUUUACCGGGGUUCACUGUGAGACCGAGGUCAAACCCUGUUUAUCAUCUCCAUGUCUCAACGGUGGGGUCUGUGAGGAUUUGCCUGACCGCUACCGCUGUGUGUGCUCGAGGGGAUUCUCUGGCGCUCAUUGUGAGACAGAACUCAAACCAUGCUUCUCAUCUCCCUGCCGCAAUGGCGGGACCUGCAGAGAUUUAUCUGCCAGCAACUACUAUUGCACCUGUCCAGAGGGAUUCACUGGAAGGGACUGCGAGAACGAGGUAAAACCCUGCUCCUCAUCACCGUGCUUAAAUAGAGGUGUGUGCCAGGAACUGGGCAUUAGUUACAGCUGCGUGUGUGCUCUGGGAUUCACUGGAACCCACUGCGAGACAGAGAUCAGACCCUGUUCUUCAAAUCCUUGUCUGAAUGGGGGGAUAUGUGAGGACAGGGGGGCUAGUUACAGCUGCAUGUGUAAACGUGGUUACACUGGAAUUCACUGCCAAACAGAGGUCAAACCCUGUUCCUCAUCGCCAUGUCUGAAUGGAGGGAUGUGCAAGGACCUGGGUGUUAGUUACAUCUGCGCGUGUAUUCGUGGCUUCACCGGGUCCCACUGCGAGAUAGAGCCCAAACCCUGCUUUUCCAAUCCAUGUCUGAAUGGAGGGAUGUGUGAGGACAGAGGUGCUAGUUACAGCUGUUUGUGCAAACGCGGUUACACUGGAGCGCACUGUCAGACAGAGGUCAAGCCAUGCUUUCCAUCUCCAUGUUUGAAUGGUGGCAUAUGCAAGGACCUGGGCAUUAGUUACAGCUGUCUAUGUACUCACGGCUUCACUGGGACCCACUGCGAGACAGAAAUCAAACCCUGUUCUUCGAUCCCAUGUUUGAACGGCGGCAUAUGUGAGGAUAGGGGCUCCAAUUAUAGCUGUACAUGUACACAGAGAUUCACAGGAAUGCACUGUGAAACAGAGAUCGUGGAGACGCCUGGGCCGUGUGUAUCUGAUCCGUGUGAGAACGAUGGUGAAUGCAGGGAAGUCGAGGGAGGAUACUCGUGUGACUGUCCUUCGGGCUUUAAUGGUAUCAACUGCGAAAACCGUAUGUCCGAUGGCUGUGCCUGCAAGAAUGGGGGUCGCUGUGCUGACGGAAACGGCACCUGUCAUUGCCCACCAGGGCACUUUGGGCUUCUAUGUGAAUAUGAGGUCACCUCUCUCCCCUGCAGUAUGGGUUCCCAGUGUCCGGAUGGGGGGUCAUGCAUGGAGUACGGUGGGAGUUAUCUGUGUGUCUGUCAUACAGAUUACAUUCUCGGCAAUCACUCAAUGCCAUCUCCCUGUGACUCUGACCCUUGCUUGAAUGGCGGUAGAUGUGACUCUCAAGAAGAUACAUACGUGUGUGUGUGUAACCGUGGCUUCAGCGGAAAGCAUUGUGAGACAGUAAAGCCGUCUCCAUGCAGUCUAUCACCUUGUCGGAAUGGAGGGACAUGUAAGGAGUCUCAUGAGGAUUACUACUGUUUGUGCCCGUAUCCCUUUACUGGAAGGCAUUGUGAGACGGGUAUGAGGGGACCCUGCUCAUCAGGUCCGUGUAGCAAUGGCGGCACAUGUUUCCAUUACCUUGGCAAAUACAAAUGUGACUGUCCACCUAACUAUUCCGGGAGGCACUGUGAGAAGGAACUGGGCUGUGGGCCACCUGAACAAGUGAAGUACGCCCAGAUGAUCGUGACCUCCACGUGGCCCGGGGGCAAGGCAGAGUAUCAUUGUAACGACGGGUAUGUCCUCAGUAGCCCAAACAACACCCGUGUAUGCAGUGAAGAUGGCAUGUGGAGUGAAGCUCCUCAGUGUGAGGAAAUUGAUGAGUGUGAGUCUCAGCCGUGCCGUAAUGGAGCACUCUGCAAGGAUCGCGUGUCACAUUUUCUGUGUCAUUGCCAAGAGGGUUAUAGUGGCAGAUACUGCGAGAUAGAGAUGAACGAGUGCCUCUCAGAACCGUGUAAGAAUGGUGGCAGCUGUCAGGAUUUAUCGGGAGCUUUCUUAUGCAUCUGCCCCGAGGGCUUCACUGGAACCCAGUGUGAGAUUGAGUUAGACGGCUGUGAUUCCUCCCCGUGCCAGAAUGGUGGUAUUUGUGAGAAUCUGGCGGGCUCCUACCUGUGUGUGUGUCCCCAGGGAUUUUACGGCUAUCAUUGUCAGACUGUGAGUGAUUUGUGUCUGCUGAACCCAUGUGGCAGCCGUGGCGUCUGCGUGUCGAGCGGAGAGGGAGCUGUGAGCUGUACCUGCCGCACCGGUUACACUGGGACCAUGUGUGAAAAGGAGCUUCUGCCGCCUGUUUCCUUGUCUUUGGGGGCUGUGGGGGAGAACAGCGUGUGGGUAUUUUGGACCCCUCCAGAAGAUGGAGCCAGCAACGUGCUAGAUGGGUUUGCUGUAAGCUACACAGCCCCUGAUGGAUCUUCUCGGACGGACUUUGUAGAGAGGGGUCACACAGAACAUGAGCUGAGGGGUCUCAGUCCUGGGCGCUCUUACAACAUCAGCAUUGUUACAGUGAAACGCAACUUGCGGCACAAUGAUAUAAGCCGGCCGCUUACCCUUACCGCGCGCACACGCCCACCCUCUGUAGACCGCCCUCGGAUCAGCUCCGUCACAGACUCCUCCAUUACUGUGUCAUGGUCACUGAACUCCUACAGACACACGUCAGUAGCCCAUGUUCGACUGUCUCUGCAGCACCCAACAGACAGGGCACAGCAGGUGGAGCAGGAGCCCUCCGUGGGGGAGUAUACAUUCAGGGACUUGCAACCUGGAGAGAAGUACACCAUCCUGAUUAGCACUUUGAGCAGUUCCGACCACAACAAUCCACCAUCUGAGAGCCUGCCUAGCGCUCCAUUAAUUGGCUGGACACGCCCUCAUCCACCUAGUAAUCUCACCACUGUACAAGUAACUUCCAACAUGGUGCACUUGAAGUGGGAUCCACCUCUCACGGGCUCAGUGGAUGGCUACAUCUUUAACGUGACUAAUAAUCACAGCACGAAAAGUCGUUAUAUUCCGACCAGAAAAAUAACGUCAUACAUGGCACAGGACUUGCAGCCUGGACAAUGGUACAGGCUGACAGUGACAGCUGUUCGCAACACACCGCAAGGUUCUUUGAACAGUGAACCCAGAAUGCUUCGCGUACAGACUCGAAUUCAGAGGGAAGGUCCUCAGGAACGCCGCUUGAUCCCUCCAAGGAUUUUGAGAAAUAGACCACCUCCACCACCACAGCCAGAGGUACGGCUGCUGACAGAAAGAGGACCUUCUCCUGCUGAAAAACCUCAAGCGCAUAGAUUCACAGAGCUCAUGGAUGGGCGAAGACGAAUCACAGCAAGAUUUAGUCACCUUACUAACAAAUCUGUCACUAUUACUAAAGAACCGGAGGCACCAAUCCGAAUAGAAAAUCCAGAGGAACCUUCCAUCCCUGUGAGGCAGGCAAUGACAUUGCGUGACCCUGAGCAGAGCACCAGGGAAGGCGAACUUGGAGGCUGCCUAGAAACCCCAUGUAUUAAUGGAGGAACCUGCGUGAACGGAGAAAUCUGUGACUGUCCCCUUGGCUUUAAGGGGCAACAGUGCCAGCUGGCCUGCAGAAAGGAGACGUUCUCCUGCACGAGGCUCUACUCGGAGACACUGUCACAUCCCGUGUGGGAGGGAGGAAUCUGCCACCACCUGUACAGAAGGGUAUAUAAAAUCCAGCAUGAUAUUUGCUCCAGAGAGAUAUGCGAAGGAACCGCCAGACGCAGACCAAAAACAAGAAUUCCUUCGAAGCCUUGAAUAACAGAACGUGCAAAGAAGCACUAGCUGGUGAAAUGUUUUUUCUCCUAGGAGGGGGCACACAGCUUGUGUCUCCUUCCUCCCCAUCUUGGGACCCUGCAGCCUCUCUCAUUGUGUAAAAGAAGGUAAAGCCGGUACAGGACUUGUGUGCCAGCUACUGGGGACCUGAGGACCAUUACUCCUAGACCUACUCUGCUGGGGUCCUUUCUCUCUUCAUCCAAAGAUCUGCGACACCAUGUUUCCUUAAGCUUCUGAUAACAGGACUAAGGGCAUUUGUUCUGUUUACUUUGUAAGACAUGGAGCUACGGCCGUCUGAACCUUUACUGGAGAGCAAUGCACCACUUUGUUAUUAUUACUAUUAUUCAGAAAGCCUUAGUAUACCACCAGUCUCUAGUGCCUGUAGAACAUUGCUUGUUACGUGACUAUGAAGCAUUUGCUGUGCACUACACUUCCUUUAUGGGACCAAGGAAGAUAAACACUUGGUAGCACUUUCCAAAAGGAAACCAAACCGUAUGUA